CUGACGAAAACGAAAGGAUCUUAGCAGAGAAUCGAUCAUAAGUUUUAUCAAAGUUUUAUCAAACUCAAACAUAAAAGUUCAAUCAUGUCUCUCGGUGUAGCAAGCGGAGAUCUUUGGAGUGCGACAACUAGACGUACAAUCAGAGAAAGAUGCCAGUUCAUGUUUAACAACGAGCUCUUGAGCGAUGUCAAAUUUGUCGUUCCAGACGCUGAAGGCGGAAGUGGAAGUAUGAAGAAGAUUCCAGCUCACAAGUUCUUGUUGGCGAUCAGUAGCCCAGUAUUUUAUGCCAUGUUUUACAGUGAAUUGGCCGAGAAGAAAGACUCAAUCGAUAUCUCUGAUUGCGAUCAUAAAAGCCUGCUGGAGUUGUUUCGCUUCGUAUACAGCGAUGAAGUGAACUUGAACGCGGACAAUGUCAUGCAAGUGCUGUAUUUGGCCAAGAAAUACAUGCUUCCUUCCCUCGCUGACAAGUGCUCAGNGCUGGAGUUGUUUCGCUUCGUAUACAGCGAUGAAGUGAACUUGAACGCGGACAAUGUCAUGCAAGUGCUGUAUUUGGCCAAGAAAUACAUGCUUCCUUCCCUCGCUGACAAGUGCUCAGAAUUCCUUGGAGAAAACUUGGAUGCCUCAAACGUAUUCCAUGUCUUGCCAGAGGCACAGAAGUACGAGGAGAAAGAUCUUGUGGAUCAUUGCUGGGAAGUGAUCGAUAGGGAGACAGAAGAAGCUGUGAAAUCGGAUGGUUUCAUGACAAUUGAAGAAACAGUGCUUGAAGAAUUGGUAGAGAGAGAUUCGUUGAGUGUGAGGGAGGUGGAAUUAUUCAAAGUUGUCGAUUGCUGGGCUUCAAAGGAAUGUAAAAAGCAAGGCCUAGCAGCAGAAGGUUCUGUGAAGAGAAAGAUCCUCGGAGAACGGAUCGUAAAGGCAAUUCGUUUCCCUGUGAUGAAAGAAAAGGAAUUUGCUGAUGUUGUACUUGACAAAGAAAUCCUUACCCCUAGAGAGUCAUUCGAUAUGGUGAAGUAUUUUAAUUCUCUGCUGAAGGUCCCAGAGGGGUUCACUGAAUCCCCAAGAGCUGGUUGUCGUCUAACAUCCCGAAGAACGGCUGGGGCGAAGAAUAUUAAUCCUCUGGUGAUGCAGAGGCUUGGAUCAGGAAAAAUAUCCAAAAAGCGGGAAAAGACACAACCUUGGGUAUCAGGGUGCAUUUGUGGAGCUUUAGGAGUAGGAAGAGAUGUGUUUGGAAAUUCAUUUUGCACUACUUGUGGCUCAAGGAUCGGUUAG